AAAUCAGUCGGCGAACUGUUAGUUGGUUUUCAAAACAAAAAGUUUAGAUUUAUCAGUCAGUUAUGUAUUUUGGUAGCAAUCCGAAUUAGUAUUUCGCAAUGUAAAAUGUUUUAUUUUGAAUGUAAUUGCAAAAAACGCGCUCUGAUUUUCAUGUCAAGGCAGGGUGUUACAGUUGGUAUCAGAGGACGUUUUUGCGUCUCUGAAAUUUUUAUAAGACAGAAAGUUUUCAGAAAACCCGAACAUGUCACGCUCACGCCUCGCCGACUACCAGUGUAUAAGAGCCAAAAGUCCGGGUUACCAUGGAGGCUUGAAAUAAGAGCCAUUAAGCCGGGUAUACCAUGGAGGCUUGAAGCUGAGACCGGAGCAGUACAGUUUCAGAAAGUAACAACCUUUAGAGUCAGUAAGUCGGGUAUCUUACCAGUUAGAUACUCUGAGUUUAGUUGGCAAAGUUUAAAAUCAGUUAUUUAUUCAGUACUUGCGGGACCAGUUAAUACUGGAGCAGCCCUACAUAGUACAAAGUCGUGGGUCAAUGUUGACGAUUUAAAAGCAAUCCGGCGAAAGGCCGACCGUGAUGCAUACCGCACGGAGCGUGCGCACGGGCACGUCCGGCAAUCCCAGCAGGCACACUGGCAGCGUCCGCACACCCAGCAGUGCGUGCGCGUAGCCAGUGCCCCGCAGUCAGUCACGAACUACCGCCGUUAUGUGCGUGGGCGUACCAGUGCACGCCAACACGCACGACAGCGCGCAGCCAGUCCGUCUGCGUACACUACAGCGCGUCACACGCCCAGUAGCGUGUCCAGUGAUGCCAGUACGCACGCCAGCAGCAUCUCAUGCACGCUCGCUAGCAAUAGAGGUAUUCCGUGCCGAAAGGGCAAAUCCCCUUUCUUGGAAUCCUACAUGUUGAAACGCUUUAGGACAGUGUCCAUGUAUGUGGAUUGGGAUAGGCACAACUUUCUCUUCUCUCAGUCGCGAAUAACCUUGAUUCCGAGAACAUGUCCUACUUCACCCAAAUCCUUCAUAUCAAACUGCUUGGAUAACCAUACCUUUACGUCUGACAACAUUUUCACACUGUUUCCAAUGAGAAGAAUAUCAUCCACGUACAGCACUAGAAACACCACCACGUUUCCAUCACUUUCUUGUACACACAUCUUGGUGCCAAAGAAAGAAUUGCAAGAGCUUAAGACUCAAAUUCAGGAGUUAUUGAAACUCGGUUUUAUCCGACCGAGU